CUCGGCUACUGAUGAAGCGCCGGCUUGGUUCUCUCUCCUUACUUCUCUCUCCUCCAGCUAUGAUUUUGCUGAUGUGGAAGAUGUUAUAGCCUGCUGACUAGUCUCUAUUAUACUUGCUCUAACAUAGAUAGAUACCGUAACAUAAUAAAUAUUAUGCUGCUAUGUGUCAUGCAUGAUAAUAAAUGAGACCAUCUAUGAUACUAUUUUAUCAUACUAUGCACUAUGAAUGUAGUAUUAUACACUAAUAUCAUAUGCAUGAUACCCGUAUAUGUUACUCCCCACUAUGACCAGCCUUAUUACGAGUCAAACACGGCCAUCACGCUCCUUUCCCCGACCGGUCAUUUUGCCCCGAGUUUGGGCCCCAUGUAACCAGUAAAUACCUCUGGAGCUCGACACAUAUGUGGACUGGCUCUGCGCUUAUCCGUCUCUGCGCUCAGUUACUGAGGUGCGUGUAUAAACCCUACAGCUGGAAAGAAGGAAAAGGUGAUCAGAGACCUUCAGUGGAGACUGCGAUCACGGAUGAUUAUUAACAUGACUUUGAAAAAUCGCAACCUUGAACUGACUGCACUGUAAAUCGAACAAGACAAUUCAAAAUUCUGGUGUUCACCCAGACCAGGUAGAUACCCGUUCUAGAAGAGAGAGAGAGAUAGACGAACAGCAGCAAAGCUGCAAGAUCUGCCUGGCCAUCUUCCAGAGGAGUCGUGCAGGUUGUUGAAUUCUGGAAGUAACCUAAAAAAAGUUCUGCAACUUUGAGUAUUCGCAAGAUGACAAGUCAGUCUUAAAAUAUUUGCGGCCAAAGAUCUGCCAUCGUUUAAAUAUUCCAAGUCAAAGCCGGAAACCCACUUUUCUGGCUUCCCACCAUUUUUCUCCCUUUUUUUAGUCGCCGACAGUCAGCAUCAUGGCAAGAGUCAGAUAUUGGCAUUUUCUGUUCACUAAUAUUAAUCAAUGAAGAGAAAAUAGUACUCUAUGACACAAUAAACCCUAUGGCACAAAACAGUACUUCAUCCAGUGGAAUAAUAAUAAUUAAAGAAGGGAAAGUGACAUACAUCGCUACCAUCAUAGCUAUGCUACCUCGGAUUGCAACUGCAAUUGAAGUGAGGUGACACAACAUAAAUCAAGCAAGGAAAAGAAAACACGUUAACCAUGUGCCAUAAAUUCUAACACAAGAUUCUAGUACUCCUACUAUCUGUUAAUUCAUCUAUACAAUUCAGCAGCAGCAGCAGCAGCAGGGCGUGUGGCUCUCAAUCAGCCUUUGCUGCUGCUGUACCAGGUCAAAGAGGGCUGCUUAUUUAAUCAACCCUGUAGCUCACCAGGCUCAGAAACCUGUGUCCAACCACAGCCACGAGUGACUCCAAAGUUCAGGCUCCCAUCCUCGCUCAAGCCCUUGCUAUUCUUCCAAGCUCCCAUCCAUGAUCCAUGGAUCCAUUCUUCUUCCUCCUCCUAUUCGGCCAAACCCUGCUCUGCACAGCCGGCGACACCAUCAACUCCGCCACACCCUUGUCUGGGUCACAGAAGAUCGUGUCCCCGGGCAACAAGUUCACCGUGGGCUUCUACUCCCCAUCGCAGAGUAACACCACCUCAUCCACCUCCAGCAAUUACUACAUAGCCAUAUGGUACAGCAACAUACCAGUGCUCACCACCGUGUGGAACACCGACAAGCCGGUGUCCGACCCGGCCACCGCCUCCUUGGAAAUCGCCCGCAACGGCAACCUUGUCCUCCUUGAUCAAGCCAAGAACCGGCUGCUAUGGUCGACCAAUGUAAGUAUAGCCUCCAACUCCACCAUGGCCACCAUCAAGGACAGCGGUAGCCUUGAACUCACCGAUGCCUCCGAUGCAUCGAUAGUUUAUUGGCGAAGCAUAGACCAUCCCACAAACACCUGGCUUCCGGGGGGCAAGCUCGGGCUGAACAAGACCACGGGUCUGAGCCAGAGGCUUAUUCCUUGGAAGAACAGCCUAGACCCAUCUCCUGGGUUGUCCUCUCUUGAGCUAGACCCCAACGGCACAACACAGUACUUCAUCCAGUGGAAUGAAUCCAUAAACUACUGGACCAGUGGCCCCUGGAACGGCAAUAUCUUCAGCCUUGUGCCAGAGAUGACGGCCAAUUUCAGAUACGACUUCCAAUUCGUCGACAACGCCACAGAAAGCUAUUUCUACUACUCGAUGAAGGAUGAUGCAGUCAUCUCGCGGUUCAUCAUGGACGUGACCGGACAGAUCAAGCAGCUGACAUGGGUGGAAUACUCACAGCAGUGGAUCUUGUUCUGGUCACAGCCGCGGAGGCAGUGUGAGGUGUAUGCACUCUGUGGGGCAUAUGGUAGCUGCAGUGAGGCUGCGCUGCCGUACUGCAACUGCGUCAAGGGGUUCAGCCAGAAGGUCCAGAGUGAUUGGGAUCUUCAGGAUUACAGUGGUGGGUGCAGGAGGAACGUACCAUUGCAGUGCCAGAUCAACUCGAGCUCCGCACAGACCAAGCCUGAUAAGUUCUAUACCAUGGCAGGCGUGAGGCUACCUGACAAUGCUCGGGGUGCAGUGGGCGCCAGCUUGAAAGAAUGUGAGCAGGUUUGUCUGAAAAGCUGUUCAUGCGAUGCUUACACUUACAAUACAACUGGCUGUUUUAUUUGGUCUGGGGACCUGGUGAACCUCCAAGAACAGUACAGUGGAAAUGGAGUUGGCACACUAUUCCUCAGGCUUGCAGCAUCCGAGCUGCAAGACCCAAAAAAGAACAAGGCAGUGAUCAUUGGUGCAGUUGUUGGUGGAGUUGCUGCAAUUCUGAUAAUCCUUGCCAUUGUGUUUUUCUUCCUAUAUCAGAAAUAUCGCCGAGAUAGGACUCUUCGGAUAUCAAAGACUGCUGGGGGCACGUUGAUUGCCUUCAGGUACAGUGAUUUGCAGCAUGUCACCAGCAACUUCUCAGAGAAGCUGGGGGGAGGUGCCUUCGGCUCGGUGUUCAAGGGGAAGCUCCCAGAUUCAACUGCUAUUGCUGUGAAAAGGCUCGAUGGGUUUCAUCAAGGGGAGAAGCAAUUCCGUGCUGAGGUAAGCACUAUUGGGACAACCCAGCAUGUUAAUUUGGUCCGCCUUCUUGGGUUCUGUUCUGAAGGGUCAAGGAGGCUGCUUGUGUAUGAGUACAUGCAAAAGGGCUCCCUGGAAGUGCAACUCUUCCCUGGUGAGGCAACUGCAUUGAGCUGGGCCAUUAGGUACCAAAUUGCACUUGGAACAGCAAGAGGCCUAAACUACCUGCAUGAAAAAUGUAGGGAUUGCAUCAUACACUGCGAUGUCAAGCCAGAUAACAUUCUAUUGGAUGAUUCCUUUGUACCAAAAGUAUCCGACUUUGGCCUAGCAAAGCUCUUAGGCCGGGACUUCAGCCGUGUUUUAACGACGAUGAGAGGAACAAGGGGUUACCUUGCACCUGAAUGGAUCAGUGGCGUGCCCAUAACCGCGAAGGCAGAUGUAUUCAGCUAUGGCAUGAUGCUCCUUGAAAUCAUAUCAGGCAGGAGGAAUUCUGAUCAUGGAGAGGAGGGCAGGUCCACUUUCUUCCCAACCUUGGCUGCAAGCAAGCUCCAUGAAGGGGAUGUGCAGACCUUGUUGGACCCUAGGCUGAAAGGAGAUGCAAAUCCUGACGAGCUCACAAGAGCUUGUAAGGUUGCUUGUUGGUGCAUCCAAGAUGAUGAAAGCACUAGACCCACGACAGGUCAGAUUGUCCAAAUCCUAGAGGGGUUUCUAGAUGUGAAUAUGCCUCCCGUUCCCAGGUCACUGAGAGCUCUUGGUGAAAGCCCUGAUGUCAUAAAUUUCUUCUCAGAUCUGUCUUCAAGCCAGACUUCCCAGACACAAAACAGCACAACAACUUCUCAGACACACAGUGCUACUUCAGGCAAUUCACAUUUCCAAAGUUCGUAAUCAGGGAACCCUGCAAUUUAUGAGGGCAAGGCCUUUAUAUGUUUGAAAAGUGCUAUCAGUAAGUGAUGUUGUAUAUGUAGAAACUAGUAAACUCAGCUUUUUAUGUCGUCCUAUGUACCAAUUUAAACACUGUAGGCUCACAGCAGAAUUGAGUAGCCAAAAUAAAAACGAGAUUUCUGUUGCAUGCUA